AUGAGCAGCGAGCCCGCGACCCCAGGCCCCGUGAGCCUUGAGUCGCACCUCAAGACCCUCGCACCCACAGAUGGCUCGCGGGCGGAGCUCUUCGGCUCAGUGAUACCCGCCGUGCUAGGCGCGGUGAGCGAUAUCGCCAAGGCCCUGCAAAAAGCCCACCGCGUGGCCCUCGCCGGGACGGCCAACACCUUCGGCGACGACCAGCUGAACGUCGACGUCGAGGCCGAGGACAUCCUGCGCCAGACGCUCGCCGCGCGCUGCGCGUCCGUCGUGGCGGCCAGCAGCGAGGAGGACCCGGUCGAGAAGCCCGUCCACGCCGCGGCGCCGCCUCCCGUCCAGGGCGCGGAGCGCUACGCCGUCGCCUUUGACCCCCUGGACGGCAGCUCCAUCAUCGCGCCCAACUGGACGGUCGGCACCAUCCUCGGCGUGUGGGACGGCGCCACGGCCGUGGGCCAGCCGGCCGAGAGGCAGGUCGCGUCGGUGCUGGGUGUCUACGGCCCGCGCACCACGGCCCUGGUCGCCAUCCGCCUGCCGGGCUCGGCUGGUUCUGACGUCUGCUUCGAGGUCGCCCUGGGCGGCGGCGGCGACGGGUCGCCGCGGGACUGCGAGGUCCUGCGGACGGCCGUCCGGCUGGACGCCCCGCCGUUCAAGACGCGCUAUUUUGCGCCUGGGAACCUGCGCGCUGCCGGGCACGACGCGAGGUAUAUGGCGCUCGUAAAUGGGUAUAUCACUGAUGCGUACACGCUGCGUUAUUCGGGUGGCCUGGUGCCCGACGUGGUGCACGCGCUGGUCAAGGGCCACGGGAUCUACAUCAACCCCGUGACUGCGCAGAGCAAGGCGAAGUUGCGGAGGCUGUAUGAGCUGUUCCCUGUUGCACUGAUAAUCGAAGCUGCUGGGGGCCAGGCUAUUGAUCCUGCUGAUGGGAGUAGGAUAUUGGAUGCCGUGCUGCAGAGUACCGACGAAAGGGCCGGGUUGGCUUGUGGCACGGCGGAGGAGGUUGAGCUGGUGAGACAGAAGCUGCUUGGGUGA